GUAACCCCGUAACGUCACAUCAACUUUGAUUUUUUUUUCUGCGUACAUCACAACAUUCGGCAUCAUUUACAUUUAAAUUUACAAGUAUUUGGGCUCCGAAUUUGGCUAAAAAUUGUCAGCUCACGAUGCCCGUAAGUCUUAAAUUCAAUCAAAAUCUGACGAUUUCCGAUCCGCACACGCAUCCCGUGCUCAUCGUGGGUCAAGUAAAGCAUCUCACACAAGCCCGUUUAUAUGAAAAAGUCUCCUGCAAACUUGGAUCUCGCGUGAAUGAAGAAACUUUUAACAAUGCCGUGUCCUAUUUGCAUCCCGAACCGACGGAUACGUGUUCGCUCUACUUGGAUUUAGCGAAAAUUGCUGCUUUGCCGUUGAAAAGUUCGCGUCAUAACACGAGUUCUCGAGCUCAUGCGAUCACCCGGAUUGUCCGUUCGGGCGUAAUUGGGGUCGAUGAGACCGUUGUUGUUGUUUGUGAACGUCAGGAUUUAUUCGCGAGCGGAUGUGCAGUGGCCCGAGCAUUUCCCUUGUACUCCAAAAAGAGCGGGGCGGGUGCAAAUAAAGCCACGGUGAACGUUGAAUUCGUUUUAAUCGACGCCUCGGGGCCAAAUAUGGGAUUAACUGCUGACGAAGUGAGUUGUUUGGAGAAUGCAGCUCACGGGAUUCGUCUGGCAGCGAAAAUUGUCGAUGCGCCAUGCAACGAAAUGAACGUCAGUGGGUUCAUUGAAGAAGUUAAGGAAGUUGCCAAAGCCUUGGGUAUCGAGCCAAAAAUAAUCCGAGGCGAAGAACUCCGUGAAAAAGGCUUUGGCGGCAUUUAUGGCGUCGGAAAGGCAGCAAAUGACCCCCCCGCUUUGGUAGUUUUGUCGCAUCAACCGGCGGGGGCGAAGGAAACUGUCGCUUGGGUCGGCAAGGGAAUCGUCUUCGAUACGGGCGGCUUGAGUAUCAAAGGCAAAACUGCGAUGCCCGGCAUGAAACGCGAUUGCGGAGGCGCCGCCGGAAUUCUCGGAGCCUUUUACGCCGCCGUCAAAGCUGGUUUCAAGGAAAAUUUACAUGCGAUUUUUUGUUUAGCUGAAAAUUCCGUUGGUCCUGAUGCCACUCGUCCCGAUGACAUUCACGUCUUAUAUUCCGGCAAAUCCGUUGAAAUUAACAAUACCGAUGCGGAAGGAAGGCUCGUACUUGCUGAUGGCGUUGCUUAUGCCGAACGCGAUCUCCAUGCUUGCAUCAUCCUCGAUAUGGCGACGUUAACAGGAGCUCAGGGCAUCGCAACCGGCAAAUAUCACGCCGCAAUUCUCGCGAAUAAUGAAACGUGGGAGCGGAAAACUUUCGAAGCGGGACGAAAAAGUGGCGAUUUGGCAUAUCCCGUGCCUUAUUGCCCCGAGUUGCAUUUUUCGGAAUUCACCUCGGCAGUUGCUGACAUGAAAAAUUCUGUCGCGGAUCGUACAAAUGCGCAAGUUUCGUGUGCGGGACUCUUCAUAAAUGCUCAUUUAGGGUUCGAUUAUCAGGGAGUUUGGUUACAUGUGGAUAUGGCAUCGCCUGUACAUUGCGGGGAACGUGCCACGGGAUAUGGACCAGCAUUGUUAUGUACACUUUUUGGGCACAUGACGAACUCGGAGAUGCUGAAAUCGAUUGCGAUGCAAAGUACGGAGGCGCCAACUCCUGCGAAACAGGCGAGGAUGUAAAAAAUUUUUUUUCCGAUGUUUUCUCUUUAAUUCUUGUUGAUGGCUUGAUGGUUCUUAUAUGAAAAAAAAGUAGAUAGAAAAUGAAGAGUAAUUAUAUUUUGUAAAGCAAAUACGUAAUUUUUCAUUGAAUAAAUUGUUUAUGAAAUAAAUAUUUGAUUUUUUUUCUAAUAAAAUUUUAAAAAUUGUCGUAAAAAAAUUAAGUCGUUAAAAAAAUAUUUGUUUUUAAUUUGUAAAAAAAAUAAA